AUGUCUCGCAUAAGAAUUGAGGGACUUCUUGCAGCUUUCCCUAAGUUGGUUGGAACAGGAAAACAACAUACAUACGUUGAGACUGAAAAUGUACGCUAUGUUUAUCAGCCAAUUGAGGCUUUGUAUUUAUUGCUUGUGACAAACAAGCAAAGCAACAUUCUUGAAGAUUUGGAGACACUGAGGUUGCUUUCCCAAACUGGUAACUUCUCUAUCAAUAGUCAAUACUUAGCUAAUGCUUACAUUACUGAGCGCCAUGUUCCUGAGUAUUCUUAUUCUUUAGAUGAAGAGGGCAUUUGUAAGACAGCCUUUGAGCUUAUCUUUGCAUUUGAUGAAGUCAUCUCCUUGGGCACAAGGAGAAUGUUACUGUUGCACAGGUUAAACAGUAUUGUGAGAUGGAGAGUCAUGAAGAGAGAUUGCACAAGCUGGUUAAAUUGUUCACUUGCUUCUCAGAUUGAAAAGAACAGAGGAGAAAAGGGAGGAUUCAUGUCUUUACAGUCCAUGGGUUCGGGUAGGAUUGAUACUGGUUUUGGCAGCGACAUGAACAUAUCUAGCAGUGGAAGUGGUUUUGGUAGUGGUUCUGGGUUUGGUGGAUUAGCCAGUGAUGUAGAUUCCUUUUCUAGCAAGUCUAAAGGUCGUCCUGCUGCAUCAGCUACUGCACCUCCAAAGGGUCUUGGAAUGCAGCUUGGUAAAACACAAAAGACAAACCAAUUUUUGGAAUCCUUGAAAGCUGAAGGCGAGGGAACCUUAUCUCUUCAAAUUCUUAACCAAGAAGAUGGGCUCAUCCAAGUUCAGCUGGCUGUUCACAUACAUCCAUGCAUGAUUUAUACAUCAUUACAUGCUACCAGGCAUCUACUCAAUUUCAGAAGGAAGCGACAUUUUACUGUUCUUGGGUACUGUGAGAUGUCAUCAUUGACAUUUAUUGUUCGCGUCCUCUUCAAGACCCACCCUAACAUCAACAAAGAGCUGUUUUCCAGUGAAAAUAUUCUAGGUCUCAAAGAUCCUAACAGGCCAUUUCCCUCUGGUCAAUCUGGUGAUGGUGUUGGUCUGUUGAAAUGGAGAAUGCAAAGUGUAGAUGAAUCAGUUGUGCCUUUGACCAGUGGGUUUGCAUUUCACCUGGAUAUCUUUCUGAUUAUCGAAUACGAAGCUUCAUCAUUGUUUGACUUGCAGAAUGUCGUGGUCUCAGUACCUCUUCCUGCUCUUAGAGAAGCACCGAGUGUCAGACAAAUUGAUGGUGAAUGGAGAGGUUCAUGCAUUUUCAGCACUCCAUUUGUACGGCUUCAAAUGCUUUCAAAAUUGACCUACUAG